AUGCACUGCCGGCUCCUCCGGGGCCUGGCCGGAGUCCUCCUCACCCUUCUAUGCAUGGGGCUCCUCUCGCUACGGUACCGCUCAAGCCCGUCCCCGCAACGUGUGCCCGACACCCCCGAGCUGAGCCCGCCAAGCCCUCGGCCCUCCGAGCUGCAGCUGCACGAUGUCUUCAUCGCAGUCAAGACGACCCAGGCCUUCCACCACUCCCGCGUGGAGCUGCUGCUCAACACGUGGGUCUCCAGGACCAGGGAAUAG